GGUCGGUUCGUGUGCUUUAUGUCGCUGGCGGUUUGUUUGGACUGUUUCUAGUGAGUGGUGCUCGUUAGACGGAGCUGAGAGUUUGAUCAAACCCGGUAAGAUCCCUCGGCGCAGCGGUUGGAUGUGAUCGGGCCCCAGAGGGAGAAUGGAGGACUCCACCAGACGCGUCCUGCAGAGACUCAUCCGACGGAUUCCGACUCCACAGUUAAAAACAACGCUGGAGAAGUGGGGUCGUCUGACGGUGGCGCAGCGCGGGUCCAUGGACUACAUGCAGACCAAAUGGGCGUUAACCGAGAAGCUGCUGUCUCUCUGUGAGGAAAACGACUGGACAACGAAACACAUCACAGAGCUGGAGAUGAUUUAUGUGAUCGACAACCCAAACCAGGGGAUGUGGCACGGCUUCCAGCUCCUGGACCCUGACGACGAUGCUCACUCUGUCGAGCUGACACAGUUCAAGGAGCAGUUUAAGUCUCACCUCGGGGAGCUUGUAAGACAUGUGUCUGUCAAAAUAAAGAAGCACACAGAUGAAGCUGUCUGGAUUCGGAUCGCGUGGGGAGACAGCUUCUCUCGGCCCAAUCACCUGAAACCAACAUAUGUUGUUCACCACCUUCAAACCCCUUAUGUCUUUGUGACCAGUCUAACUUCAAAACAAAAGCCCCUGUUAUCCCAGGCCCUGGUUCUGUCCACCAGACAUCACACUAUUAAGGAUGCUAACCUCAGUGGACGGAAACUCACUGCGAUCAGGGACCUGCUGAUGAAGCAGUAUCAACAGGUGUUUCCCACUAACUUCCCCAGCCCUCUUGCAGAAAAGAAAGAAACUGUCUCAAACCCACAAAUAGAAAGAGAACAAGCUGGACCUGGAGCACACAGACAUCAGAUGGCCUGUGAGGCCUUUGGCGAUGGGAUGUUGCCUCAACUACAGUCUGCAGUUUACAAGCUGGAGACAAAAUUCAAAGACCACACCAACAGGAGCAUGACAGAGCGGGACGAGUCGUUCAAAUGCGUCGUCAAGUUUGAAAGCACCAACCUCCUGGAGUCACUUAGACACUGUGCAGCCUCAGGCAUUGCAUCCACCCCUGUCACCCCCCUGCUGUCAUCUAUUCCUCUAAAAGGAAGGAAUUAUUUUGUCAUCACUGAUAAUGGCCCCGGUCCCUCCUCGCAAAUGCACCAAUCACAGAACUGAUGGGUGACAGACUCUUGAUUUAAAGGACUCACAGUGUCGCUUGUUCUUUAUUUCUCCAUCCAUGGUUUGCUUUCACUAUUUCAUCAUGGUUCCUGUUAAUAUGGCUCUUGAAUAUUCUUUACUCGCUGGAUUUUAGAAUCAGUUAUUGUUCCCCUCUUUUUUUAUGCACUUGCUGCUUCAAAUAUAUAAAUACUGUGCAAUAUAAACUUGUCAUGUAAUUAUCUUUCAUUUCAUCUUCGAUUUAAUGAUCUUUUAAUUCAUUUAAUAUGUUCACGAUGUUGAGACAGCAGGGUUGUUGCAGGUUCUGUUUGAAAUUCAAUAAUUAGAAUUUAGUACUUAAAGUGUCUUAUAUAUUAGGUACUGGGUCUUAAAUACAUUAGGUAGGUCUUAAUUAUGUUAACGCUACUUCCAUCACACUUUAAAUUUAAUCUUAAUUUUAAGAACUGUUUUGGUGGAAGGCAUGAUUUGUAAUGUCUCUGUUGUGUGUGGUUGCUACAGAUAUUAGUAAGCUGAAUUAAAACUACAAACAAGA